UUCCCUCGGCCUUGAGUCGUUUUUGCUUACAAUGGCUUCAGCUCCAACAUUUUCCUUACAGUCCACAUUACCCCGUCUACCAGUCCCUUCCUUAGAAGCAACUUGCGCUCGUUACCUGCACUCCCUCCGCCCCCUUCUCACCGAAACGGAGUUCCAAGAAAGCGAAAGGAGAGUUCAGAGUUUCCUUGCAAGUCCUCUAUCCAGGCAGCUCCAGGAACGUUUGAUUGAUCUGGACAGAUCCACACCCUCAAAUUGGUUAGAUGACGGUUUUUGGCUCCAGAAGGCUUACCACGAGUGGCGUGAACCUGUACUGGUGAACAGCAACUGGUUCAUGUUGGGAAUAGAUGAUGCCCACCACCCCAAAAGCCUUCUUGCCAACAAUGCCAAGCGUCCCUCCGGCCACUACACGUACUUUCAAGUUCGAAGAGCUGCUCACAUGAUAUCCGAAGGUGUGGAUUUCAAGGAGCUCAUUGACAGUCAAAAAUUGCCUAUCGACAUGUUAAGAGGUGGUAAAGCUCAGUGCAUGCACCAAUAUACCCGCAUCUUCGGCGUGACUCGUAUACCUCAACCCCAAUGCGACACUUUCUCCAAUGUGAACGAAAGCGCCACCCAUAUUAUCAUUCUUGUCCGCAACCAGAUGUAUCCACUUCAUGUGUACAAGCAACAGAACGGCCAGCGUGUACGAGCCAGCAAGGAAGAAAUUGAAAAUGAUCUCCUCGCUAUCGUCAAUGAUGUACAGACACAACCCCUCCAAGCUCCUAUACCUAUUUUAACCGGAGCUCACCGAGAUCACUGGGCCAAAACUCGCAACCAUCUUCUCUGUGUAUCGGCCGUUAACAGAGAGUCAUUGACUGUCGUAGAGGAUGCCUUAUUUGCUCUGUCUUUGGAUGAUCACGGCGUGGGCAACGAUACUGGGGAUUGGACACGAAAUGUGUUUACGGGCCAAGGCACGGGCUCAAAUCGCUGGUUCGACAAAUCGCUCAAUUUUGUGGUAGAAGCUAAUGGAAAGUGUGCUCUCCUUGGUGAACAUUCUCCGUGUGAUGCACUCACCGCCAGCUAUGUCUUCGAUCACAUGCUCAAGAAACCAUGCCCUCCUAAUGCUAGUACCGCCAACAUCCAACCCAUGAAGUCUGCUGCACCUGUGGAGAGACUUUUGUUUGAAGUUGACGAGACGGUGCAUCAACACCUUCAGGAAGCUCGUGACGAUACUGCCAAGACCAUUGCUCUUUCAGAUUGCAGGGUUUUGAUUUGGGAUCAGUAUGGAACUACGUGGGUAAAGAAGUAUGCUAAGGUCUCUCCUGAUGCUUUCUUCCAAAUGAGUCUACAGUUGGCAUAUUACAAGAUUCACAAGAGGGUGAAUGCUACCUAUGAGACAGCUAGCACUCGGCAGUUUCUUCACGGCCGUACCGAAACCAUUCGAACUUGCAGCGUGGAUACCAAAAAGCUGGUGGAGGCAUGGGAAAACAACCAAGUUGAUAGCAAAACCAAAUAUCAACUUUUGCAAACGGCUUGCAAGAGCCACACAGCUUAUACCGUCGCCUCAUCCAACGGACAGGGAUGUGAUAGACACUUGCUGGCACUGCGUCUGUUGAACGCUUCCGAGCCUAAUACAGAACUGCAUCCAAUAUUCACUGACCCGGCGUAUGCGGAAUCUCAGAACUGGCGCUUGUCCACAUCAGGACUUCAUGCGGGCAUUAGACUGAUGGGAACUGGAUUCGGCGCGAUCGUCCCGGAUGGCUAUGGCAUUAAUUACAUGGCAGCUCCCACUUUGGUCAAAUACGGUAUGGAAUGCAAGCGUGUGAAGGAGACGGUUAGCACUCUAGAGUUCAGCAAGGUUCUUUCAGAUACAUUGACUGAGCUAAGACAAGUAUGCGAAGAUGUCAAUGGAAAGGAGCAACCCAGCGCCAAAAUGUAAUAACUCAAGCGUAGAUUACAUGGCAACACCCCAUCGCUGUGUUCGGUCUUGGAGCAGCUGCAGAGUUGUGUACGAACAAAAAGAUAUAUUAAAAAUUAAUUAGCUAGCUAGCUACAUCUUUAUAAGCAAGACCUGCUCGUUUACACGGACACUGGAUUAAAGUAUUAUAAAACAAAACGGCUCCAAGAAGGGCAAAGGAGACUCUCCUUUGUAAAAUGUACAUGCUGAU